UUUCUUGGCUGAAGCUAAUCUACAGCUCGAAUCACGCUCACACCUCCGCCUCACACUUGAGUUCAGCAACAGUUGAAGGUGAGCUGAGCCAUGGCGGAGCUGCCGCUCGCGGGGGGCUUGCUGGACCUGCGCCCCGGCAAGCUCUCCCCGAAGCCCCCGCCGCUGCCCAUGCCCUGCCGCCGGAGCCCGCCGCGCCCCCAGGUCGCCGCGGCCGUCGCAUCCCCGUGCCGCGCCGUCCCCGAGCUCCACUCCACCACCGAGCUGGCGGACGGGAGCGUCGUGUUCCACUUCGCGCGCCCGCCCGUGAAAGACCCGGCGGAGCCCACGGCGUCCGGCCCCGGCCCUGGGCACGCGGACGCCUCGGCCUCGCGGCCGGAGCUGCGGGUCGACGAGCCAAAUCCACACGCGGCGGCUGACGCCGCUGAGAUUUCGCUGGCCUCGCCGGAGGCGCCCCAACAGGCCGUCAGUUCCGCUAGUGCCGGUGUUGAAGCGGAGGCCGGGUUGGUUAGUGGACGGGCAGUUCCCCCGGCCGAUUGCCAGCUCGAAACUGACGGCAAUGGUCUUGAGCUUGGUGCCUUGGAGGAGAGUGAGACAGUCGAAGCAGGCACGGCGGCGCCGACUGGUUUGGAGGAGGUGGAUGCGGAUGCGGGGGCUUCGUCGGAACGCGCUAUCACUCUAGAUUUCGACACUGCCGUGGGUGCAGAUUCUAGAGGCGACGACCAAGGGGCCACGGAAUCCGGAGCUACCAUCCCACCACCAGCGGGAGAAGUUCACAACAAUGUGGAUUGUGAAAAGAACACUUCAGAAGUGAAGAGUUCUGAUAGGACUGUUCCAGUAGCCUCAUCAGCGCUUUUGUUGACGUCAGGUGCUGCAAUCUUGCCUCAUCCUUCUAAGGUAGCGACAGGUGGAGAAGAUGCUUAUUUUAUUGAACACAAUGGUUGGUUUGGUGUGGCAGAUGGAGUUGGUCAGUGGUCAUUUGAAGGAAUCAAUGCAGGGCUUUAUGCAAGAGAGCUAAUGGAUGGCUGUAAAAAAGUAAUUGCGGAAAGUGGAGGAGGCUGUGAGCUUGCGCCUGAGCAAGUUCUCUCCAAGGCUGCAGCAGAAGCAAGGUCUCCUGGUUCUUCGACUGUCUUAGUUGCUCACUUUGAUGGCCAGCUCCUUCAUGCAUCAAAUAUUGGAGACUCGGGGUUUCUGGUGAUAAGGAAUGGAGAAGUACACGCAAAAACAAAACCAAUGGUUUAUGGCUUCAAUUUUCCACAUCAGAUCGAGAAAGGGGUUGAUCCCUUAACCCUUGUAGAGAACUAUGUCAUUGAGAUAGAGGAAGGCGAUGUCAUUAUAACAGCGACCGAUGGCCUUUUUGACAAUGUCUACGAGCAAGAAGCAGCAGCCAUAAUCUCGAAAUCUUUGCAGGCAGAUCUAAAACCAGCGGAGAUGGCCCAGCACCUCGCUGCUAGAGCACAUGAGGUAGGGAGGUCUGGAGCAGGGAGAAGCCCAUUUUCGGACUCUGCUGUCGCGGCGGGUUACCUAGGUUUCAGUGGGGGCAAACUCGAUGACACAGCCGUCGUUGUGUCGAUCGUCCGGCGAUCCGAAGUUUAGGAUAUAAAAGAAGGCCCCCGAGGUGACAAGCUAAUAUUUUGGUCGCAGGCAGCUGCACGCACUAUCUGGGAAAGCGUUGCGCCGGUAGUUCAGAAUUUGCGCGAUGUGUGGAUGGCGAAGUUUGCCUGUGUAAGUAGUCUAAUUCAAGGACAUGGUAUGACACACACCUGGUCUGGUCUGAUGAGCAAGGCACAGUUCGCAUAUGUAAGUAAGUGGUCUAAAUUUAUGAUUGGUGUUGGUGUUGUGUGUAAAUUUUGGGCUGUAGAAAUAUGAUUCAUGAAAAUGUAAUGAUGUGCUCUUAAUCGUAAGCCAUCCAGGCAAGUUGAAAUAUAACCAUGCAUUUGAAUUGUAA